ACCCAGUCCUUCAACAGGGGGCGGUCGGAGGAGCGUCUUUCUGCCUCUGCAGCUCCGCCAUUAAAACACCGUGGAGGAGGAAGAAGAGGCGAAGGGAGCAUUUUAGCUCAGGUAGAAACGCCCCUUUCAACUCAGGAAGACCCCCCAGGGUCUUCAGACUACUGGGGUCCUCAGGCAAUUGCAGCUCUUUUGUCACCAAGCAAAUUUCAUCAGACCUGAACCUUCCUCUCUGAGAGCUCCUUGGACUAAACAUCUCUCUGUUUCCAUCAAUAUCAAGAACUGGUAAGAGUCUUCCUUCCCCCUAGAACCAACCAGCAAAAAAGUUUAUCGCUAGCUUUUUAGCUCAAGAGUUGGAAUGAAGAUGAUAGAGCAAAAAUUUGCAGGCACUGAACCUAAAGGGGGAUCAGAAGGAGCAACAAAGCCUAUCAGAGCAGUUUCUUCUGAAUAUACAACCAAGCAGUCAGGCUGUGGAGCAUCUGAAGACUGCAAAGGGGGGCCUGGCAAGGGGAGGCAAGAGCGAUGGGAAGCCCAGUGGCAGCAGUUCCUGAAGACCCUGCAGCCCCUUCACCCAGAAGGGGGAAGCCCCCCAGAGACGCCUGAGUCUGCCCCCUGGGAAGACGCCAACGCCUUUCUGGCCUCCUUUGAGCAAGUGGCCAAAGCCUGCCGCUGGCCCAGAGGAGAGUGGGUGGCCCGGCUCCUCCCUGCGCUGAGCGGGGAAGCAGACGAGGCCUUCCAGAGCCUGGAAGCCGGAGACAGAGAGGAUUAUGGGAAGGUGAAGGCGGCCAUCUUGCGAGGGGCCGCCCUGAGGACGGAGGCUGAGCGCCAACACUUCCGGCAGUUCUGCUGCCAGCAGGUGGAAGACCCCCGGAGGAUCCACCUGCAGCUGCAGGAUCUCUGCCACCGGUGGCUGAAGCCAGAGAGACGCAGCAAAGAGCAGAUCCUGGAGCUGCUGGUCCUGGAGCAGUUCCUGGCCAGCCUCCCGCCAGAGCUGCAGAGCUGGAUCCGAGCAGGAGGACCGGAGUCGUGUUCACAGGCGGUGGCCCUGGCGGAGGAGUUCCUGAUGGACAGCCAGCAAGACUUGGCCGAGGCUGCAGAGUGGCAGGAUGCGUGCGUGGAUUCCGUGGAUGCAGAGGAGGUGCCAUCGGACGUUGCUCAAGGACGGAUCUACAAAGACAGAGAUGGGGAAAUCAGUUUGCUAGGUGGCGACAUCAAAAGCUCAAGUAAUUCCAGUUUGUUGCUUCCUCCUGAAGGACGGGAGAUGGCUGAAGUGGUCCUGAGCGAGGUGAGCUUUGGAGACCACAGCAUUGCUUCCCGGGGCCGGGGUCUCAGUGUGCAAGUAGAGGAGGGACUGCCAAAUUCCAAGGAGACAGGCGUGCCUUUGCCCAUGUUUGAAAGGACUCCAACACAGCCACGCCAACAGACUAUAUUCUGGCAAGUCCUGCCAGAGGACAAUGGAAAUGUCCUGAGUUUUGGUGAACAAAAGAGAUGCUGGAUCAAGAGGGAAACGUCUCAGCGGGGAGAGACUUUGCCAGAGGACAUACACAGGGCAUGCGCAGAAGUACCUCAGUGGGAUUUUCCUCUGACGUCUGAAACUCACGAGCAGCGAUGUGAGGGGAAAGGGCGACAGAGGAAGCCAGUGGAGAGAGAGGGAGAACGCAGCGAGCGCACAGAAGUUAUUCCAGGUGAACAAGACAGGUGCUGGAUGAAGAUGGAGAAAUCCCAGUUGGGAGAGAAUUUGCUGAAAGAAAUGCACAGGGAGUUAGCGGGAGAAUUCCUACGGGAUAUUUCGGCUGUGACACCUGGAAUUCCUGAGGAGAAAAAUAAUUCCAAAGGGCAACGGGAGAAGCAGCCAGUGAAGAGAGAAACACAGUGCCUCUCAGGAGUUAUUGCAGUCUCUGUUAGCGAAGCCACAGCAGUGGCCACAGACAGUGGAAAGCCCUGCAGGAGAAAAUAUAAGUCAGAGAACCCUUUUGAGUGCCCCACAUCAGCGAGAGACAGCCACUCGGUAUGUUGCCUUGAGAAACUACAAGGAACACUUAGGGGGGAGAAACAAAAUGCCUUGCCUGCAUGUGGGGAAAAUCUAUGUGGGAGAGAGGAAUUCGUUGGACACCAGGACAGCCGCACAGAAGAGAGCUCCCACGAAUGCCCCGACGAUGAGAAACGCUUCAGACAUAGACAUCGGAACAAGAAUUCAGGAAGGAAACCCCACGAAUGUUCUGUGUGCAGGAAAAACUUCAGCUUCAGAGCAGAGUUAGCAAGACAUCAUAGAAUCCAUACGGGAGAGAAACCAUACGGAUGUUCUCAGUGUGGGAGAAGCUUCCGGCAGAGAACGCACUUAGUUAGGCACCAGAGCAUCCAUACUGGGGAACUGUUCCAAUGCACCGAAUGUGGGAAGGGCUUUUCCCAGAGAGAUAGAUAG